ACAAGGAAAUGGGGAGCGGGAAAGCGGAGAAGCCCUCAAAAAACCCUAAAAAGAAGCGGAAGCCGCUUGGCCCAAACAGAGUCGAGGCGAAGCCUAAGUCCAAGAGGAAGCGCGAGAAGAACCGGGCUGACCUAAUCGAAAGCAAAAGCGACAAUGAGAAGAGCCGAGACCAAGAGGUGCAAGCGGCUCCAGCGGCCGAGCAGCAGCUUAGUUUCUUCCUCGAUCAGUUUCAGUCCGCCAAUGGGGUCCAGCUUUCUUCUCUCGAGUUGGAUUCAAUCAAAGAUACGUGCAUUGUGGAGCUAUCUCAAGAUAUGGACCAAGAGGUUGAAAACUUGGGGAACCAUAUGAAGGCAGCGUUUGGCCCAUCGUGGAAAGAAUCGCUUUGUGAAAAGCAUCUCUUAGAAGGAAAAGUUGAUCCCGGGAGUCCCGCACUUCUUAUUAUUAGUUCGUCUGCCUUGAGAUCAAUACAACUUCUAAAGGGCUUUCGGUCGUUGACGAAAGAGUGCCAUGCCGCAAAGCUAUUCUCGAAGCAUAUGAAGGUUGAGGAACAGGUAUCAUUGUUGAAGAAUCGCGUUAAUAUUGCAAGUGGUACACCAAGCAGGAUAAAGAAGCUAAUUGACAUUGACGCUUUGGGACUCUCGCGGUUGGCAGUGAUUUUGCUUGACAUACACCCAGAUGUUAAGGGCUAUUCCUUGUUUACGCUUCCACAACUCAGGGAUGAAUUCUGGGACUUGUACAAGAACUAUUUUCACCAGCGCCUACUCCAAGGUGAUAUGCGUAUUUGUCUCUAUGGUCCAUUAACAAGUGGCACCAAGUCCAGUGGGAAAAAAAGAGGAGUUACUGAGGAUUAAAUAACACUAAUUAGGUACAAAUUUUGAGCCAAAUAUGUUACGCCUCAAUAUUUUUCGAUUUUGUUUCACCCAAAACACAUCUCCUUCCAAUUUGCGUUGCUAGUUUUUUCUUUCUUUCUUUCUUUUUGGUGAGUUUAUCUAUAAAAAAGAAAAUAGUUGGUGAAAUGAAAUAUUCACUCAUUCCUUCUC